CGCUCGCUUCAGACGCUGUAUAUCUCUUUCGUUUUUCCAGCCACGGAAAUCGGUGAACCGAUCUUUCUAUAGUUCGGAGAUUGGUCGCGUUUAUCUGUACUUUUUACCGCGGAUGGACGUGAACACAGUCACAAUUUAGCCUAGACAAAACAAGAAACCUUGCGGAGUGAAUCUAUUGGGACUGCUGCUGUUCAUUCGGACCACCAAGAGGAUCCUUCCUCUGCGCGAUAUUUUCCUCCUAUUUGGAGAGGAAGGGUGUUAGUUUUCGAAGUGAAAUCUCAACAGUUGGUUUCCAUUUGGGACUCAUAACGCGUUGGUCUAGUUUGUCACACACUUCACGUCAAGUUACCGAUAUCUAAAACAAAAGGAAAAUCUACAAAGUGCCACGAUCAAGCCCGUCUCUGUGCAAUGCCACAGUUGUCACAUCGGAGCCCAGAUGAGGAAAAAACAAAACCGUAGGCUAUAGCUUGCACUUCUACAGCACGCAUAUUUGCGCCGUUCACAUAGUGCUCUGACAGAAGCGGAAGAAGACUGAGAUACGGGAUAGUGGAUUUACCCGCUAGUGCAGUGUGAUUGUGUGUGUUGGUGAGCUGAGAGGAGCGCUCACUUAGACCAUCUCCCGCCGUCUGGUUGUCAUGUAGGCUACCUAACCGCCUGACUGCCCUCCGCAUCCGGUUUUGUGGAACAGAAGAAGUGGCCAACGGAACAUGACUCCACUGUUUCCUUGGUAGAUAUAUGCACUUCCGGGUCCAGACGCUCGUCCACUGAUGUUAAUCUCCCACACCUGGCAGAGAGACCACCACUCAAUACUACUACAAUACCCACAUUUCCUGUCUGCACAAAGUAAGGACUUAGGUGUUGAAGCCCUUAGGUGACUUGGACUUCCUUGUUGUACUAUUGAACUAUUUCCGCACUACGAGCCAGUUCUUAGUUUACAACUGUCACGCACAGUGAUCUUAGAGACAGUAGGCCAGUAAAGAGGAAAACAAUCCAACUACGACAGAAUGGCCAACAACACGGCGGACCACCCUCCCGGGAACUCUGUUGCCGAUGGCAACCAGGAGGGGGACUUUGGCAUCACGGUGAUGGACCUCCGAGAGCUGAUGGAGCUGAGGAGUGGAGAGGCCGUCACCAAGAUAGCCGACUCCUACGGAGACGUGCAGGGGGUCUGCCGCAGGCUCAAGACAUCGCCCAUCGAGGGUCUGUCUGGUAACCCAGUGGAUCUGGAGAAGCGCCACGCGGCAUUUGGGAAGAACUUCAUCCCUCCUAAAAAGCCUAAGUCCUUCCUGGCGCUGGUAUGGGAGGCCCUACAGGAUGUUACACUCAUCAUCCUGGAGAUUGCUGCCGUAAUCUCCCUGGGCCUGUCCUUCUACCACCCCCCUGGGGGAGAUAGCGAGCUGUGUGGUGAGACAGCGUCAGGAGUGGAGGAUGAGGGGGAGGCGCAGGCGGGCUGGAUCGAGGGCGCCGCCAUCUUGUUCUCUGUGGCAAUCGUUGUCUUGGUGACAGCGUUUAACGACUGGAGCAAGGAGAAGCAGUUCCGUGGGCUGCAGAACCGCAUCGAGCAGGAGCAAAAGUUCACCGUCAUUCGCAAGGGCCAGGUCAUCCAGAUCCCCGUGUCCGAACUGGUGACAGGAGACAUCGCCCAGAUCAAAUAUGGUGACCUGCUGCCAGCUGAUGGUAUCCUGAUCCAGGGCAACGACCUGAAGAUCGAUGAGAGCUCUCUGACCGGCGAAUCAGACCAAGUCAGGAAGUCCCUGGAGAAGGACCCCAUGCUGCUGUCAGGCACCCAUGUGAUGGAGGGAUCAGGGCGAAUGGUGGUGUCUGCGGUGGGUCUCAACUCCCAGACUGGAAUCAUCUUCACUCUGCUGGGGGCGGGAGACAGCGAUGAGGAAAAGAAGAUCAAGAAAGGUAAAAAACAAGGACCCCCCGAAAAUCGCAACAAAGCUAAGACCCAGGACGGCAUUGCCCUGGAGAUCCAGCCCCUGAAGAGUGACGAGGCGGUUGAGUCUGAGGAGAAGGAGCCUGAGGUGGAGGUGAAACGGGUGAAGAAGGUUCAGGUCAACAAGAAGGAGAAGUCUGUGCUGCAGGGCAAACUCACCAAACUGGCCGUGCAGAUCGGGAAGGCAGGUCUGAUCAUGUCAGCUGUGACGGUGAUCAUUCUCAUCCUGUACUUCGUGAUUGACACGUUCGGGGUGCAGGGUCGCCCAUGGCUGAAGGAGUGUACCCCCAUCUAUAUCCAGUACUUUGUCAAGUUCUUCAUCAUCGGAGUCACUGUUCUGGUGGUGGCUGUGCCUGAGGGGCUGCCCCUAGCUGUCACCAUCUCUCUGGCCUACUCUGUCAAGAAAAUGAUGAAGGACAAUAACCUGGUGCGUCACCUGGAUGCAUGCGAGACCAUGGGGAACGCUACCACCAUCUGCUCUGACAAGACAGGCACCCUCACCAUGAACCGUAUGACCGUGGUGCAGGCCUACUUGGGAGACACACACUACAAGAAAGUACCGGAACCUGACGUCAUCAAACCAUUCACUCUGGAAGUCAUGGUCAACAGCAUCGCCAUCAACUCAGCCUAUACUACUAAGAUUCUGUCCCCAGAGAAGGAGGGAGGUCUGCCCCGCCACGUCGGCAACAAGACAGAGUGCUCCCUAUUGGGCUUCGUGCUGGAGCUGAAGAGAGACUACCAGCCAAUCAGGGACGAGAUUCCCGAAGAGAGUCUGUACAAGGUGUACACAUUCAACUCCUCCCGUAAGAGCAUGAGCACGGUGCUGAAGAACACAGACGGUAGCGGCUUCCGCAUGUACAGCAAGGGAGCCUCCGAGAUCGUCCUACGCAAAUGUUCUCAUAUCCUUAACACGAACGGGGAGCCACGUAUCUUCAAGCCUAAGGACCGUGACGAGAUGGUGAAGAACGUGAUUGAGCCCAUGGCCUGUGACGGUCUGAGGACAAUCUGUGUGGCCUACAGGGACUUCCCUGCCGAGGCAGGAGAACCAGACUGGGACAACGAGGGCGACAUCCUUGAUGAGCUCACCUGCAUCUGUGUGGUCGGCAUCGAGGAUCCCGUCAGACACGAGGUACCUAAUGCCAUCCUCAAGUGCCAGAAGGCCGGCAUCACCGUGCGCAUGGUUACCGGGGACAACAUCAACACUGCCCGCGCCAUAGCAACCAAGUGUGGCAUCCUGUUGCCGGGUGAGGACUUCCUGUGUCUGGAGGGCAAAGAGUUCAACCAGCUGAUCCGUAACGACCAGGGAGAGGUGGAGCAAGAGCGUCUGGAUAAGGUGUGGCCCAAGCUGCGUGUGCUGGCUCGCUCCUCUCCCACUGACAAACACACUCUGGUCAAAGGUAUCAUGGACAGCACCGUCCUCGAGACACGACAGGUGGUGGCUGUGACAGGCGACGGAACUAACGAUGGCCCCGCCCUAAAGAAGGCCGAUGUCGGAUUCGCUAUGGGUAUUGCCGGUACAGAUGUGGCUAAGGAAGCAUCUGACAUCAUUCUGACUGACGAUAACUUCACCAGCAUCGUCAAGGCUGUGAUGUGGGGCCGCAACGUCUACGACAGCAUCUCCAAGUUCCUCCAGUUCCAGCUCACUGUCAACGUGGUGGCCGUCAUUGUGGCCUUCACUGGCGCCUGCAUCACACAGGACUCUCCUCUGAAAGCAGUGCAGAUGUUGUGGGUUAACCUGAUCAUGGACACCCUGGCAUCCCUGGCUCUGGCCACUGAGCCCCCCACCGAGUCCCUGUUGCUGAGGAAGCCGUACGGCCGCAACAAGCCCCUGAUCUCCCGCACCAUGAUGAAGAAUAUCCUGGGUCAUGCCGUCUACCAGCUCACCAUCAUCUUCACCCUGCUGUUCGCUGGAGAGAACUUCUUUAAUAUUGACAGCGGGCGUAACGCGCCUCUUCACUCACCACCGUCGGAGCACUACACCAUCGUGUUCAACGUGUUCGUCAUGAUGCAGCUGUUCAACGAGAUCAACGCCAGGAAGAUCCACGGAGAGAGGAACGUCUUCGAGGCCAUCUACCGUAACCCCAUCUUCUGUAGCGUGGUUAUGGGAACCUUCAUCCUGCAGAUUGUCAUUGUCCAGUUUGGAGGAAAGCCCUUUUCCUGCACAGCUCUGAGCAUUGACCAGUGGCUCUGGUGUGUCUUCAUUGGAGUGGGAGAGCUGCUCUGGGGACAGCUGAUUACAGCCAUCCCCACCCACCGCCUGAAGUUCCUGAAGGAGGCUGGCCACGGCACCCAUAAGGAGGAUGUUCCCGAAAAUGAAAUGAACGAGGGGGAUGAUGAGAUCGACCAUGCUGAGAUGGAGCUCCGUAGGGGACAGGUCCUCUGGUUCAGGGGACUCAACCGCAUCCAGACUCAGAUGGACGUGGUCUAUACGUUCCAGACGGGUCAGGCUCCGGUCCCGGGGGCAUUGAGACGCCAGCCCUCUGUGGUCAGCCAGCACAACGACGCCAAAACUGUCUCUAGCCCCACCCACAUUAAGGUGGUCAAUGCGUUCCGUAGCUCCCUUUACCCGGGGCUAGAGAACCCAGAAUCCAGAAACUCCAUCCAUAACUUCAUGGCCCACCCUGAGUUUGUCCCCCUGUCUGAGGAGGAGGCGCAGAUCCCUGAGAGAGAGGAGUCCAGCAGCGAUGAGGUGGAUAUGGAGAUCCAGCCCAUCCCCAGCUCCUCGACUGGGGGGGGAGAAGCUCCAGACGUCAGCCACGAGACCUCCUGCUGAUCACCUCCUCUCUUCUCCUCCGCUCUGAUCUAUCCAUCCACCCGUCGGCCAGCUGGCUCCCCCCCUGCAGUUCCUCUCCUCCACCAUGAGGAGGACCAGCGGUGCGCCCCUCAGAUCCUUAGACUCAUCCCACAGAGGGUGCACCCAGAGUGGGCAAGGGGUCCCGGUCCCAGCGCCUCCCCCUCUUCACCUCUUCCCUCCACUUCCUGAACCCUAUACCCACCUUUCACCUGACCACCCCCACCUUGCCAUUCUCAUCGGCUUGCACUGACUGUGUCGCGUGUGCCCUUUAAGUCUGUGCAGAAGAGUGACAUGCAGAGCAUCCAAUCACAUUGUGCCCCUAACUCAUGGGUGGGAAGGACCAUUUGGGGUCCACCAAUCUGCUCCGUCGAAGGCCGUAGCCUGUCCUUCUGUCCAUCUUUGGGGUUUUAUAUCAGUUUUUUCUUUUUUUUUUACCUCAGAGUAGCCUAGAACUGAAACGCAACAUGUUUAUCCUUCUGUACUAGCUUAUACUCUGCAUACACUAACUGGCACAGAACUUUAAGAAUAUACCCAUGUGUACAUUAAUAUUGUAUGUACAUACAUGUAACUGCCAAAAUAAAGAAGACACUUAAAUAAGGGAUACAAAGUAUAUUGAAAGCAGGUGCUUCCCACACAGAUGUGGUUCCUGAGCUAAUUAAGCAAUUAACAUCCCGUCAUGUAUACAAAUACCUAGUUGCCCAUUAUUUUGGCUUCCAUGGUUGGAAGAAGAGGCCUCAAAGGAGCAUAGGGGGUUUAAAGUGUGUGUACGUGUCUCAGUCCCUCGAUCUCAACCCAAGUGAACGCUUAUGGGAGAUUCUUGAGCUGCGCCUGAGACAGCAUUUUCCACCACCAUCAACGAAACACCAAAUUAUGGAAUCUCUCAUGGAGGAAUGCUGUCACAUCCCUCCAAUAGAGUUCAAGACACUUGUAGAAUCUAUGCCAAGUCGCAUUUAAGCUGUUGUGGCAGCUCGUGUUGGCCCAACGCCCUAUUUAAGACACUUUUGGUGUUUCCUUUAUUUUGGCAGUUAACUGUAUAUAUGCUUUAUAGGCUCAACGCUCCAAGCUGAUUGGAUGAUCAGAUGUACAUGGCCCAUGUGAUUAACAGCUUUCAGCUACUAAGUUUCUCUUCUCUAUUUCUCAAUCUGUGUUUUAAUUGUACAGCAUGUAUGCAUUUGAUCUGUUUUGAAGCAGGAUGUACUAAUGGGUUACUCAGUUCAAUGCAGGAAACCAUGUCUUCAUUCAUUCUGACACACUACAGCGUUUCAACGAUAUAGGUUCAAUCAUCUAAACAUCUCUCACUUUAAUUUGGUUCUUCUGGGUCCAUUUGACAUGAUUCCAUUAUGAUUUAUCCUGUUUUUGUUGAAGGACAGUGUAAAGAAUGCUACGAUAUUUUAACAGAAAAGUGAAUUCUCUUAAAACAAUAUUUUCAAAGUAAAGCUUGCAGCAGGCUAGAGCCAGAGGGCACCCCCUCUCUGUGGAGCAGGGUCAUGGCAAGACGAUGUGGAGGUAUCUCCCUCAUCCGAUGACCUCAUCCUUAUCUCAUCCAAUCAGGGUUCUGGUUUUCCCCCAGCCCCUUGAGAGUAAGUUGACAGCUUAUGAAACUGCCUCUAUGGAGUACGAUUAAGAACGUCAGAGUGAAGUGAAUGAUAUUUCACCCCCAUCGCUCGUAUGCAUGACGUAUAUUAUCCGUGUUUCAUCUGUGUUGAGUAGAAUGGGAAUUUAGAGAUGGGUUAUGUGAAACAUUAUUUGGGGUGGGGUUAGGACGUGCGUAUUCCUGUGGACAGAAAUGGGUCAUUGUUUUUGCUUUAGUCUGUCUCAACAAAAAAAAUCCACAAAAAAUGAAAAAGUCCACACAAAUACAUAUUCUCUGUACCUUAACAAGACAAAUCUAGUCCUCGUUUUACACUGUCGACGAAGGGGCGUUGGGCUUGUUCCUGUUAGCUCCGGUGUGAGUGUGUUGUAUGUUGUUAUCGAGCAUCACUGUGUUGGCUGCAGAGUGACACAGGGGACUAUCGAUCUCUCCCAUCAUGCCUCUGGGAGAGCCAACCGUGAGCGGCCCAGAUAUAAAUCCAAUAUCUCCCCCUCCCUCCUCACCCGGCACCGCUCCCUCCCACCCUCCCUCCCUCCGGCCUGCUAGGAUAGGGACACAGCACAUCCCCACAUGUCAAUCAACCACAGAUAAUGGUGUAACAAUAAGAGGAAUACUCUCACAAGAAGAAGAAGAAAAAUAGACUCAACCAGAGAUGUGUAUGAGAGCUCCUGUAUUCAGUAGUGUAUGUUGUCGUCAGAGGUGUCAUGCCCGUAGGGGGCACAGGGGCACGUGCUCCCUCAGAUUUUUCAUGUUUAAAAUAACUUUUUGGGGGGCCUUUUUUUUCUCUCUGUAAUACUACUAGGCACUUAGCAAUUUUAUAUAACUAGCUACCAAGAAACCAUUUCAGGCUAUCAAUACAGUUAGAGUAGCUAGCUUGUCGUCCUCUUAGCUGGCAUGUCCGCUGGCAAGGUUGGUAGACUUCAGAAAAGCAAGCAAUAACUAAAUGUACUGAAUAAGACUCACAUUCCUUUCAAUAUUGUACCAGAGAUGCAGAGAAGUAUAUAUUUUUUGUUUGUUUGUUUUUUUAAGAACCACCAGUCAGGAUACAGACAGCUCAAUUGGUAUGCUUAAAUAUUCAGAAAAAUAUACCUUUUUUUACAUAGAAUUAAGCAUAAUGAUUAUGGCUCUAGAUAACAGGGAAAAAAGCUGCUUCAGAUGUUUGAAAAAUGCUAAAUUCUCCAAUUUAUGGUCGGUGGGCUUACCACCCCUCCGGACCACCCCCCUAGCCAUCCUCACGUACUUUGUGCCCCCUAAGAUUUUUUUGGGUGCAUGAUUCCCCUGGUCAUUGUUGUAUAUGAUGGUAGAGAGAGUGUUAACUUGGGCUGACCCCCUUUUCCGCCUCCGGCCACCAACUCUGUGACAGAGAUUGUGACGCCCUUCGACAGGACGUGUGCUAUCGAUUACCAGUAAUGUACUACUGCCAUAUUUUCAACCUUAUUUUCAUAUCUAGGUUGCUUACUUCGAUAGAACCCUCUGGUGAUGCGCCUUUUCUACUUACUCAGAGCCAUAUUUUCUAGGUUGUCGUUGUUGUUUUGUAUCCCAUCGUUAUUGAGGUUUCCUUUCUAUUCCCCCUGACCAACAACAAAAAAAACAAAGACAAAAUAAUGUGUCACUGCCGAUACAGUAUAUAAGUCAUGGACCACUACGAUGUUUACAGAACAUAGUCAGCCUGGAUGCAGUAAGCCUGCUCGCGCUGCACUUCACUCCAACCGGCUAGUCUCCUUCAUUCCCUUGCUUUCGUGAGUCUUAGUACAUAGUUAUGGGGAAGCUUUCUUGCAUGAUUUUCAUAGAAACUCAAUGUUUUUUGUUCAUUUUUUACAAUUCUUCUUCUGUAUUUUUAUAUUAAGUACUUUUUGGAAAUAUAUAAAUAUGUAUAGGCUGAAGAGUUUUGCUGACAGUACAGACCAUGAAUAAGAUCAAUCGACGGUGUAAGAUGUUUUUGCCGUUCUAUAUACAGUAUAUUUAUGCCACAUUUGUAAACCAUGCUUGGUCAUCUGAUGCUGGGGCUAACUAAAUUAAAAUAAAUUGUUUACUCACUGUAGGUCAUGUGAUUGGACAUACUCUUUCAGCAAUUUAGUCUUACCGCCCCUUUCCCUUUCACUAUAUACAGUCUUAAAGAGAGUAUCUUAAAUUCUGCUAUUUCUUUUCAAUAGCUUAAAGGGAUAGUCCGGGAUUUUGGCAAUGAGACCCUUUUAUCUAGAGUACUUCCCCAGAGUCCGAUGAACUCGUGGACACCGUUUUUUAUGUAUCUGCGUCCAGUAGGAAGGAAAUUAGAGGUAGUUUCGGGGGCUAAUGCUAAAUAAAUUGUGCUAACACUAGUUAGCAACUUCCUUCAAACUGCACACAGAUACAUAAAAAUGGUAUCCACGAGUUCAUCUGACUCUGGGGAAGUAAAUAAAGGGCCUCAUUGUCAAAAUCGCGAACUAUUCCUUUAAAUCAAAUGUGGUCCAAUGAAAGUGAGUGAAAUAGAACAUGGUAGUAUACAGAACAUUGAAGAUGUGCUAAAUUAAUUGGGGGUAUAUAUAUAUAUAUAUAUAUAUAUAUAUAUAUAUAUAUAUAUAUAUAUAUAUAUAUAAUUUUUUGUAAUUUUUUUUUAAAUCUCUAUAUAAAUUUAUUUGCAAUUUUUUUUCUGUUCUUUCAGACUAAUAUGACUGCGAGUUUAACUUAUUUUGUGAGAGGAUCGGUGCUCUCGGAUGCCUGUGUAGUGACGUUAGUCGACUUGUCAAAGAGGGCAUGAAUUUCAUCCAAAUUCAGCAUUACCCUUUUAAUUCUAAUGGCUUAGAACACUGUUUAUGGGAAGAGAGUAGAGCUGUUAAACUGGUAGUGACAUCACUUCCUCUUCCUGUUUUUGUCCAUAAACAGAAACUAGAUGCCUUCGCUGUGGUGUCCGUUCGACCAUUAGACAGUCUCAUUUUGGGGACACAUUUUCAAUUGGAAUCUUUUCUUUUCUUCUGACUUACUCUAUUUGGAAGACUGCGCUUAUACAUUCAGUAUGUGUAAAUAUUGUCAUAGGAUGAUGUUGAACUUAACUUAUAACUCUUGGUAAUGAACAGGGGGCAACCAGUCAGGGAUCACCGAGCAUAGCUUUAAGAAUGUUCUGCCAAAGUCUUGCUUUGUACAAUCGUUGCUUUUUUGUCCUUUUUUUAUUUUUGCACAGAUUGUUUUAAACGAUUAUUGUCAGGUGAAGGUGUUUUCCUUGUUUUCCAUCUCCCCAAAAUAGCAAAUGUUUUUGCAUGUAAACGUGGACAGAGAAUACAAAAGAGCUUGAAGCGUCACUAAGAUUGUCCCUCUUCUAUUGCCAUGGCCUUGGUUGUGCUGUUGUGAUCUCUUACUGGUUGCCCUCCCAUUCCAUCCCACAGGUGAACAUAUACUCCAUCCUCUAGAAACACCCCAAUGUUUUUGUUUUUGUUUAUUUGUACCUUGGCACAACUGUACAACAGAAGCAGACCAACAGGUCUGCAUGUCUGAGGUGGAGGGAGAACUAAAGAACGGUUAGACCGACCUGAUAAAGCCGAUGUUCGGUUUCUCUGAUGGGAUAAGCCCACCGUGGCUUCUGACCAAUCUGUAAGAUUUGUUCCUUCUCAUUGCACAGGUCUCAAUAAUGACUCAUGUAUGACAAAAUGAAAUUGCUAAGGCAUUGUGCAAUACCUGUCAACUGUAAUGGACUGCAUUUGCUUCUCUUUCUUAGAUAGCUUUUUAUUUCUUUCGAUUUGGGGGAUUUCUUUGGGGAAGCUUCUCCGCAGUUGUAAAUAAUAAAACAAAAAAAAAGGUUUGAAAACUGGAAUAUCACAGUUUAAAGUCAUAACCCCUUAUUUUACGUAGGACGAUAUUUACCCGAACCAGUUCUUGUGUUUUAAUACAUUUUCAAUUGUAUCUAAUUGAGAAAAGACCGAAAAAGAACUUUCUGUCAUUGAUAUGAUGCACAGUAAUAGACACUGGUGUUAUUUUUGUAUAAACAUAAUACCAUCUAUGUGGCAUGCAUGACGUAUAAACAAUUUUGUGGUUUAAA